AUGAUUUGUUUAUCCUGGAAUUGUCAAGGGGCGGCAUCAACAGCUUUUCGCCGUACCCUUAAACAACUAUGUAGAGAUCAUUCUCCGGAUAUUGUGUGUUUGUUUGAACCGAAAGUGUUAGGAGCCCACGCUAAUAGCAUAUGCAUUAGCUUUGGCUUUGAAAAUUGGGUCCGAGUGGAGGUUGUUGGCUUCUCCGGAGGCAUAUGGAUCUUCUGGAAGCCAUCAGUAAGUUUGGAGAUCUUAAGGACUCACCCUCAAUUCAUUUCUUUGCAGGUAUAUGAGCAGCAUUCACCGCCAUGGACGUUAUCAAUGGUGUAUGGGAGCCCCAAUAGGCUCCUCCGCAAAAAAUUAUUUUCUGAUCUAACUGCAAAUAGCCCCGGAACACAGCCGAGCUGGUUAGUAUGUGGAGAUUUCAAUUCAGUGAUUAGCAGGGAGGAAGUUAACAAUCCAGACUGUUUUAAUAACGCAAGAUGUGCAGACUUCAAGGAAUGGAUUUUUCAGGAAGGGCUGGUGGACCUAGGUUUUGAGGGAACUAAGUUCACAUGGAUGAGAGGUAUAAACUCCGAUUCCUUCAGAGCAGCAAGACUUGAUAGAGCAUUAAGCAGUGUGGAAUGGAGACUCAACUUCCCAAAUGCUAUCGUGAAUCACUUACCAAUGAUAAAUUCUGACCAUUCGCCACUUCUCAUCUCCUGCAUCCCAAGGCACGAGUUUAAUGGAGAGAGGAAGUUCAAAUUCAAUAUGGCAUGGACCACCCAUGUCGAUUUCCAAAGGUGUGUGAAAGAAGCAUGGGUAACUGAUAUGGAACUAAAGGCAAACAUUAGACCCUCUAUCAAUGUGUGA